AUGGUCUCCGAUUUCAGUUGCAACUUGCAGUUUGCACGUUAAACAGUUUAUUCGAAAGGAGAACGUUGAUCGUUACUCGUUGCGUACUGCAAAAAUUGUGACAUAACAUUCGACAACAUUGUUUUGGGUAUUUUUGUUUAUCGUAAACUAGGUCAAACCGUUCGUUGUGAAAAUGCCCCUGGACACAGACGUAUUGUACAAAUUGGACUUGAAGGACCCACCUGAACAACUUAUGAAGUGGGCCGAGGAAAAUAUACGAGAAAAUCCUGAUACAAAAUGUCUGAUCAUUGAAGAUUUUAGGGAUAUGAUUUAUGGUCGAGGUGAAUGCGUCCCACAUAGAACCGACGACGCUUUUUUGCUCAGAUUCCUAAGGGCCAGGAAAUUCAAUGUCGAGGCAGCCCACAGAUUAUUUGUAAACUACUACCGUUUUAAAGAAAACAAUCCGGAAUUCUUUGACGGUGUUCAACUCAAAAAUCUACUGGAAAUCGGUUGUGACGAUAUUAUUACCGUACCCCCAUACAGGGAACAAACUGGAAGAAGGAUCUUACUUUAUCGCAUGGGUAACUGGGAUCCCGAAAAAUACACCGUGACCCAACUGUUUCAAGCGACCAUGGCCAUUUUGGAGUUGGCGAUAUUAGAGCAGAGAGCUCAGAUCCUGGGAGGCAUUGGCCUCUUUGACAUGUCAAAUUUAACGUUUCAGCAGGCUUGUUAUAUGACGCCCAGUAUAGCACAUAAAAUUAUCCAGAUAUUAGUGACAUCAUUCCCAAUGAAAAUUCACGCGAUCCACAUCGUGUUCCAGCCCUACAUUUUCGACAUCGUUUAUCGAGUAUUUCAACCGUUCCUCACCGGUACAAUGAAGGACAAGUUAUACCUUCAUGGAGAAGAUAUGGAGAGUCUGCAUAAAUAUAUUGACCCGAAACAUUUACCAGAAAAAUAUGGCGGAAGACAUCCGGACUACGCCUACGGACCUUGGAUCGAGGAUUUUUUGAAAAACGAAGAAAUCAAGAACGAAUUGCGAUCGUUGGGUUAUACGGUCGACGAAUUAGAAUAUGAAGAAUAUUUAAGUGAUAGUGAUAAGUCCGAGGGGUCAUCGUGUGUAUCUGAUUAGAGCAUUUGUUGUUUAUGUAUUAUAAGUGAUAUAGAUUUAAAUGUACAGGGUGUCUCAAAUUCGAGGGUAAGAAACCGUAAGAGUUCCGGGGUCGGUUAAAUGGAGACAAAGUUGCGCCAAUUAAAGAGAUAUCAGCCAACUAAAAACAGUUUUUUAUUGCCGCUUUGACGCAAAAAAAAAAUAAUUCCGACGUUUCGUUUUUCUUUUCGAUCAUCAUCAACUUUAUUUUUUCUUAUGGGCGUCAUUAUUGGAUUUUCUCAUUUUUUAAAAAGUAUUUUUAUCUGCCUUUAAAAUGAGGCAUCGCACUUGCAUGUCCGAUUACCCCUUCCAGUACUUCCCAUAAGGACUGCAUGAGUGCAAACGAGAAAGAUAUAUCAAUGGGAUUACAAAAUAAAUUCGAUACAGGGGGGUAUACCCGAAAAAUGAAAAAUUCCAAACUUUGAAGGUCGAUAUCUCGGCUUCUAUGGGGGGUAUCGGGAAAAUUCCAACGGUUUUGUCUUAGUUUCGUCGUUCUAAAUCCAACGAGACCAUCCGCAAGGUCGUAGCUCCACUAAUAGCUGAGAUAUGGCAUUUUUGAUGCCCAUUUUUGGCCUCAAAAACGGACGUCGAAAACGACUUUUUCAGGAUUUUCAAAGUGCUCUCUUUCCCUUAGUUCUGCUCGGAUCCUCUUAUAACCCGGUGUUUUCGUAAUCUAGGUGACCCAAAUAAGACGCUGGUAUACUUGGUUUGAUUUCGACAAAAAUCAAUUUUUGGUGAAAAAAUUCGAUACGGGGGGGUAUACCCGAAAAAUGAAAAAAUCCAAACUUUGAAGGUCGAUAUCUCGGCUUCUAUGGGAGCUAUCGGGAAAAUUCCAACGGUUUUGUCUUAGUUUCGUCGUUCUAAAUCCAACGAGGCCAUCCGCAAGGUCGUAGCUCCACUAAUAGCUGAGAUAUGGCAUUUUUGAUGCCCAUUUUUGGCCUCAAAAACGGACGUCGAAAACGACUUUUUCAGGAUUUUCAAAGUGCUCUCUUUCCCUUAGUUCUGCUCGGAUCCUCUUAUAACCCGGUGUUUUCGUAAUCUAGGUGACCCAAAUAAGACGCUGGUAUACUUGGUUUGAUUUCGACAAAAAUCAAUUUUUGGUGAAAAAAUUCGAUACGGGGGGGUAUACCCGAAAAAUGAAAAAAUCCAAACUUUGAAGGUCGAUAUCUCGGCUUCUAUGGGAGCUAUCGGGAAAAUUCCAACGGUUUUGUCUUAGUUUCGUCGUUCUAAAUCCAACGAGGCCAUCCGCAAGGUCGUAGCUCCACUAAUAGCUGAGAUAUGGCAUUUUUGAUGCCCAUUUUUGGCCUCAAAAACGGACGUCGAAAACGACUUUUUCAGGAUUUUCAAAGUGCUCUCUUUCCCUUAGUUCUGCUCGGAUCCUCUUAUAACCCGGUGUUUUCGUAAUCUAGGUGACCCAAAUAAGACGCUGGUAUACUUGGUUUGAUUUCGACAAAAAUCAAUUUUUGGUGAAAAAAUUCGAUACGGGGGGGUAUACCCGAAAAAUGAAAAAAUCCAAACUUUGAAGGUCGAUAUCUCGGCUUCUAUGGGAGCUAUCGGGAAAAUUCCAACGGUUUUGUCUUAGUUUCGUCGUUCUAAAUCCAACGAGGCCAUCCGCAAGGUCGUAGCUCCACUAAUAGCUGAGAUAUGGCAUUUUUGAUGCCCAUUUUUGGCCUCAAAAACGGACGUCGAAAACGACUUUUUCAGGAUUUUCAAAGUGCUCUCUUUCCCUUAGUUCUGCUCGGAUCCUCUUAUAACCCGGUGUUUUCGUAAUCUAGGUGACCCAAAUAAGACGCUGGUAUACUUGGUUUGAUUUCGACAAAAAUCAAUUUUUGGUGAAAAAAUUCGAUACGGGGGGGUAUACCCGAAAAAUGAAAAAAUCCAAACUUUGAAGGUCGAUAUCUCGGCUUCUAUGGGAGCUAUCGGGAAAAUUCCAACGGUUUUGUCUUAGUUUCGUCGUUCUAAAUCCAACGAGGCCAUCCGCAAGGUCGUAGCUCCACUAAUAGCUGAGAUAUGGCAUUUUUGAUGCCCAUUUUUGGCCUCAAAAACGGACGUCGAAAACGACUUUUUCAGGAUUUUCAAAGUGCUCUCUUUCCCUUAGUUCUGCUCGGAUCCUCUUAUAACCCGGUGUUUUCGUAAUCUAGGUGACCCAAAUAAGACGCUGGUAUACUUGGUUUGAUUUCGACAAAAAUCAAUUUUUGGUGAAAAAAUUCGAUACGGGGGGGUAUACCCGAAAAAUGAAAAAAUCCAAACUUUGAAGGUCGAUAUCUCGGCUUCUAUGGGAGCUAUCGGGAAAAUUCCAACGGUUUUGUCUUAGUUUCGUCGUUCUAAAUCCAACGAGGCCAUCCGCAAGGUCGUAGCUUUUCUAAUAGCUGAGAUAUGGCAUUUUUGAUGCCCAUUUUUGGCCUCAAAAACGGACGUCGAAAACGACUUUUUCAGGAUUUUCAAAGUGCUCUCAUUCCCUUAGUUCUGCUCCGAUCCUGUUAUAACCCGGUGUUUUCGUAAUCUAGGUGACCCAAAUAAGACGCUGGUGUAGUUAGUUUGAUUUCGAAAAAAAUCAAUUUUUGGUGAAAAAAUUCGAUACGGGGGGGUAUACCCGAAAAAUGAAUAAUUCCAAACUUUGAAGAUCGAUAUCUCGGCUUCUAUGGGGGGUAUCGGGAAAAUUCCAACGGUUUUGUCUUAGUUUCAUCGUUCUAAAUCCAACGAGACCAUCCGCAAGGUCGUAGCUCCACUAAUAGCUGAGAUAUGGCAUUUUUGAUGCCCAUUUUUGGCCUCAAAAACGGACGUCGAAAACGACUUUUUCAGGAUUUUCAAAGUGCUCUCAUUCCCUUAGUUCUGCUCGGAUCCUGUUAUAACCUGGUGUUUUCGUAAUCUAGGUGACCCAAAUAAGACACUGGUGUACUUAGUUUGAUUUCGAAAAAAAAUCAAUUUUUGGUGAAAAAAUUCGAUACGGGGGGGUAUACCCGAAAAAUGAAAAAGUCCAAACUUUGAAGGUCGAUAUCUCGGCUUCUAUGGGAGCUAUUGGGAAAAUUCCAACGGUUUUUUCUUAGUUUCGUCAUUCUAAAUCCAACGAGACCAUCCGCAAGGUCGUAGCUCUUCUAAUAGCUGAGAUAUGGCAUUUUUGAUGCCCAUUUUUGGCCUCAAAAACGGACGUCGAAAACGACUUUUUCAGGAUUUUCAAAGUGCUCUCAUUCCCUUAGUUCUGCUCCGAUCCUGUUAUAACCCGGUGUUUUCGUAAUCUAGGUGACCCAAAUAAGACGCUGGUGUAUUUAGUUUGAUUUCGAAAAAAAUCAAUUUUUGGUGAAAAAAUUCGAUACGGGGGGGUAUACCCGAAAAAUGAAAAAUUCCAAACUUUGAAGGUCGAUAUCUCGGCUUCUAUGGGGGGUAUCGGGAAAAUUCCAACGGUUUUGUCUUAGUUUCGUCGUUCUAAAUCCAACGAGACCAUCCGCAAGGUCUUAGCUCUUCUAAUAGCUGAGAUAUGGCAUUUUUGAUGCCAAUUUUUGGCCUCAAAAACGGACGUCGAAAACGACUUUUUCAGGAUUUUCAAAGUGCUCUCAUUCCCUUAGUUCUGCUCGGAUCCUGUUAUAACCUGGUGUUUUCGUAAUCUAGGUGACCCAAAUAAGACACUGGUGUACUUAGUUUGAUUUCGAAAAAAAAUCAAUUUUUGGUGAAAAAAUUCGAUACGGGGGGGUAUACCCGAAAAAUGAAAAAACCCAAACUUUGAAGGUCGAUAUCUCGGCUUCUAUGGGAGUUAUCGGAAAAAUUCCAACGGUUUUGUCUUAGUUUCGUCGUUCUAAAUCCAACGAGACCAUCCGCAAGGUCGUAGCUUUUCUAAUAGCUGAGAUAUGGCAUUUUUGAUGCCCAUUUUUGGCCUCAAAAACGGACGUCGAAAACGACUUUUUCAGGAUUUUCAAAGUGCUCUCAUUCCCUUAGUUCUGCUCGGAUCCUCUUAUAACCCGGUGUUUUCGUAAUCUAGGUGACCCAAAUAAGACGCUGGUAUACUUGGUUUGAUUUCGAAAAAAAUCAAUUUUUGGUGAAAAAAUUCGAUACGGGGGGGUAUACCCGAAAAAUGAAAAAACCCAAACUUUGAAGGUCGAUAUCUCGGCUUCUAUGGGAGUUAUCGGAAAAAUUCCAACGGUUGUGUCUUAGUUUCGUCGUUCUAAAUCCAACGAGACCAUCCGCAAGGUCGUAGCUCUUCUAAUAGCUGAGAUAUGGCAUUUUUGAUGCCCAUUUUUGGCCUCAAAAACGGACGUCGAAAACGACUUUUUCAGGAUUUUCAAAGUGCUCUCUUUCCCUUAGUUCUGCUCGGAUCCUCUUAUAACCCGGUGUUUUCGUAAUCUAGGUGACCCAAAUAAGACGCUGGUAUACUUGGUUUGAUUUCGACAAAAAUCAAUUUUUGGUGAAAAAAUUCGAUACGGGGGGGUAUACCCGAAAAAUGAAAAAAUCCAAACUUUGAAGGUCGAUAUCUCGGCUUCUAUGGGAGUUAUCGGGAAAAUUCCAACGGUUUUGUCUUAGUUUCGUCGUUCUAAAUCCAACGAGGCCAUCCGCAAGGUCGUAGCUUUUCUAAUAGCUGAGAUAUGGCAUUUUUGAUGCCCAUUUUUGGCCUCAAAAACGGACGUCGAAAACGACUUUUUCUGGAUUUUCAAAGUGCUCUCAUUCCCUUAGUUCUGCUCCGAUCCUGUUAUAACCCGGUGUUUUCGUAAUCUAGGUGACCCAAAUAAGACGCUGGUGUAGUUAGUUUGAUUUCGAAAAAAAUCAAUUUUUGGUGAAAAAAUUCGAUACGGGGGGGUAUACCCGAAAAAUGAAUAAUUCCAAACUUUGAAGAUCGAUAUCUCGGCUUCUAUGGGGGGUAUCGGGAAAAUUCCAACGGUUUUGUCUUAGUUUCGUCGUUCUAAAUCCAACGAGACUAUCCGCAAGGUCGUAGCUCCACUAAUAGCUGAGAUAUGGCAUUUUUGAUGCCCAUUUUUGGCCUCAAAAACGGACGUCGAAAACGACUUUUUCUGGAUUUUCAAAGUGCUCUCAUUCCCUUAGUUCUGCUCCGAUCCUGUUAUAACCCGGUGUUUUCGUAAUCUAGGUGACCCAAAUAAGACGCUGGUGUAGUUAGUUUGAUUUCGAAAAAAAUCAAUUUUUGGUGAAAAAAUUCGAUACGGGGGGGUAUACCCGAAAAAUGAAUAAUUCCAAACUUUGAAGAUCGAUAUCUCGGCUUCUAUGGGGGGUAUCGGGAAAAUUCCAACGGUUUUGUCUUAGUUUCGUCGUUCUAAAUCCAACGAGACCAUCCGCAAGGUCGUAGCUUUUCUAAUAGCUGAGAUAUGGCAUUUUUGAUGCCCAUUUUUGGCCUCAAAAACGGACGUCGAAAACGACUUUUUCAGGAUUUUCAAAGUGCUCUCAUUCCCUUAGUUCUGCUCGGAUCCUCUUAUAACCCGGUGUUUUCGUAAUCUAGGUGACCCAAAUAAGACGCUGGUAUACUUGGUUUGAUUUCGAAAAAAAUCAAUUUUUGGUGAAAAAAUUCGAUACGGGGGGGUAUACCCGAAAAAUGAAUAAUUCCAAACUUUGAAGAUCGAUAUCUCGGCUUCUAUGGGGGGUAUCGGGAAAAUUCCAACGGUUUUGUCUUAGUUUCGUCGUUCUAAAUCCAACGAGACUAUCCGCAAGGUCGUAGCUCCACUAAUAGCUGAGAUAUGGCAUUUUUGAUGCCCAUUUUUGGCCUCAAAAACGGACGUCGAAAACGACUUUUUCUGGAUUUUCAAAGUGCUCUCAUUCCCUUAGUUCUGCUCCGAUCCUGUUAUAACCCGGUGUUUUCGUAAUCUAGGUGACCCAAAUAAGACGCUGGUGUAGUUAGUUUGAUUUCGAAAAAAAUCAAUUUUUGGUGAAAAAAUUCGAUACGGGGGGGUAUACCCGAAAAAUGAAUAAUUCCAAACUUUGAAGAUCGAUAUCUCGGCUUCUAUGGGGGGUAUCGGGAAAAUUCCAACGGUUUUGUCUUAGUUUCGUCGUUCUAAAUCCAACGAGACUAUCCGCAAGGUCGUAGCUCCACUAAUAGCUGAGAUAUGGCAUUUUUGAUGCCCAUUUUUGGCCUCAAAAACGGACGUCGAAAACGACUUUAUCAGGAUUUUCAAAGUGCUCUCAUUCCCUUAGUUCUGCUCGGAUCCUGUUAUAACCCGGUGUUUUCGUAAUCUAGGUGACCCAAAUAAGACGCUGGUGUAUUUAGUUUAAUCUCGAAAAAAAUCAAUUUUUGGUGAAAAAAUUCGAUACGGGGGGGUAUACCCGAAAUAUGAAAAAUUCCAAACUUUGAAGGUCGAUAUCUCGGCUUCUAUGGGAGCUAUCGGGAAAAUUCCAACGGUUUUGUCUUAGUUUCGUCGUUUUAAAUCCAACGAGACUAUCCGCAAGGUGGUAGCUCUUCUAAUAGCUGAGAUAUGGCAUUUUUGAUGCCCAUUUUUGGCCUCAAAAACGGACGUCGAAAACGACUUUUUCAGGAUUUUCAAAGUGCUCUCAUUCCCUUAGUUCUGCUGGGAUCCUGUUAUAACCCGGUGUUUUCGUAAUCUAGGUGACCCAAAUAAGACCCUGAUUACCAAAUAAAUUGAUUUAAAAAUAAACGGAUUCAAUGAAAAUUUAUUCUUUCCUAACCUAAUAUUUUGAUUUUUUUAAAAUUACAUGACAAAAUCACAUUAGCCGGGAGUUUUUAUGAGUGAAAAUGUGCAUAAUUUAAUGUGAUACGAGGCACGAUCUUAUAUCUAUCAUUACAGUUAAACAUUUAUUAGCCUAAUCAAAUGGUAGAAAAUAGGGGAAAGUUUCGGUGUAGUUUUGAAAUUUUCUUUAUACAGUAGAGCCUUGAUAAUCCGGACAUGCGUUACUCCGGAUGCUCCAGUAGUCCGAACACGAAUUUUGCCGCUAUUAUGUACGUUAUAGUCCGGAUUCGCUUGUACGCGAUAAUCCGGAUGGCGCCGUUUUCAGCCUUUUUGCAGGCUUUCACAAGUUUAAAGUCGACACUUAUUGCUUCCUGUCCUUCCUACACCAAUUCUGGGUAAUAUGGCUCCAAUACGAAAGCAUAAAACAUUAUCUUUAAAACAAAAGCUUGAUAUAUUGAACAGAUUAGAACGUGGCGUGAGUGGAUACGAUGUAGGCACAUCCACAAUUUCGGAUUCUGCGGUUCCUCUUCAACUGAUAAAAUCUUGGUACCUGAAACUCGAAAACCUGAUACGCCAAUUGCUUUAUUAAGGGUGCUAUUUAAACCCAGUCCACCUCUUCGGCUUACCAACAGUCAACCAGUCAAUUCCAGCCACUACGGUCUCACCCUUUUUCGAGAUGCUUUCAGCCAAAGCACUCGAAGAUGUUCCAGAUGAGGAGUACCUUCUAGGGCUGCUCCUAGAGCGGGGAUGUCUAUCAUGCUGCUGAGGCUGACCGUCUAUUCGAGAACGCCUGCCGCGAGCCACCCUAUCGUCUUCCACCCUCGACCCAACGCCUUCUUUACUAAAAGAGCCUCGAUGACGAUGACGUACCAGGGCUCUUUUUUUCUUUUAAAUAUCUGAGACCAAAUUGGUAACGAAAAAUCCCCAUUGGAUAGAGUUUUUAUAAGGGAAAAUGUGCAUAACUUAAUGUGAUAUGAGGCACCUUUUUUUAUUAAUAAUUAAAUAUUUAAGAAUAAAUGAAAACCCAAACAAUGUGGGAUAAAAUAAAAUAUUCGUGCAUAAUUUAAUGCGAUAUGAGGCACGUCUUUCUCGCUUGCACUCAUGGAGUUCUUACGGGAAGACUAGAGGGAGUAAUCGGACAUGCAAGUGAGAUGCGUCAUUUUAAAGGCAAAUAAAAAUACUUUUUAAAAAUGAGAAGUUGAUGAUGAUCGAAAAAAAAUGAAACGUCGGAUUAAUUUUUUUUUGCGUCAUGUUAUAGGACAUAAAAAGUGGCAAUGAAAAACUGUUUUUAGUUUGCCGAUAUCUAUUUAAAUAAAGUCGGUAGCAGGUAAAAACGAUUUUGACAAAUUUCGGUUUUUUUUGUUGGAUAUCUCCGGAAGUAUCCGGAAUUUUAGAAUUUUUUAAACGUCAUUUUAUUAAGCCCCAAAUUGUGCAACUUUUUCUCCAUAUAACCGACCUUGUAACUCUUAUGGUUUCCGAGAUCCCAAUUUACGAAUAAAACUCAAAGUAUUUUUA